AGCGAAUUCGAAUUAGUAGUACCGCCGCCGCCGCCUUCUGUAGUCGAAUUUCAAUUCCGUGCACCAGAAAAAUGAACGUCAAUGAACCUCAAUCUAUGGAAAAGGUGUACGAUCAUAGAUUCCAGCGAACUGACCAGUGGAAGCCGGUUUACUCAUGGCUGGAAUCGCUCGACACAGAUGAGCUGAUUAAGUCCAAGGACGUCGUCGAUUGGCUCACGGCGAACCCUGAAAUCCGAGAUGAUUUGUACGCUAGGCAUUCGCGCUACCAUUUGAUGCACUACAUUAAGAAAUGCCAUGUCAAAAUCCUCAAGCGCAACGAGAAACAGGGACUUAUUGUUGCUAAACUACCUCCUUCAAAUGUUGAUCAGAAUUCUGAAUUCAAAACUCCUUCUUCACCUCAUUUUACUGGAAAUAACUUGAGCAAUAUUCCUAAAGACAGCGAGCUUUACAAAGCGAAACGCAGUGAGGCUCUCCACAAAUAUGAGAUUUUAAUUGAGCUGGAGAAACAACUAAUACCACUCUUUGGGAAACAAGAAAACCAGUAAGCAUCUCACACUUAUGGCUUUAUGAUGAUGAACGCUUGUCUGUCUACCUACAACACAGAUCCUGUUUUGCUGUUCAUGACUUCGUGCUAAUUCGUAGUAGUACUAGUUUAGGGUCUUAACAACUUCAAUGCAGUUAGAGUUUGAUCAUAGGCUUCUAACUAUAAUCCAUGGCUGCUUCUAGAAUUAAGUAGUCUAAACUUUUUGCUUUUGAAGAAAUGCAAAUUAUUGUAGUUGAGGGGUGAUUUUUAUUGUAUAGUAGUAUUCAUUUAUAAAGCUGUAGUCUCUGGAGUAAAAAAAAAAUUCAAUGGUCCAAAAAUAUAGUGUCUUACCAAUGACAAUUGUAGAAACAGAAAAAAAUGAGAGAAGUGGUUUUUGCAA